AUGGCGACCACAGCAGCUGGGCGCAUGCUCACUCGCCAACUGGCACAAAUGCAAUCCGACAAGGACAUCCCCGGCAUCAGCUGCGGGCUCGUGGACGACAACAACGUCUUCGAAUGGGAAGUCAUGCUCAUGAUCUCCGACGACUGCAAAUUCUACGGCGGAGGCUUUUUUCGAGCCCGACUCACUUUCCCACCAGAAUACCCUCAUAUGCCCCCCAAAAUGAAAUUCGAGACUCCCAUUUUCCAUCCAAAUAUUUACCCAAACGGCGACGUCUGUAUUUCGAUCUUGCAUCCUCCUGAGGAAGACAAAUAUGGUUAUGAGUCGGCUGCGGAGAGAUGGUCACCCGUUCAGACACCAGAGACGAUUCUUUUGUCGGUUAUUUCGAUGUUGUCGAGUCCCAACGACGAGAGUCCCGCCAAUGUGGAAGCUGCGAGAUUGUGGAGGGAUGAUCCGAAGGAAUUCAAGAAACGAGUGAGAAAGUGCGUCAGGGAUAGUUUGGGGGAGGAUUAG